CCGUCCAUAUCCCUACUCAGCGCAGAUCUUCUGCUCCUCCACCGCUCGCGCUCAGGCUCAGGCUCGGUCCCAAGGAUCGGAUCUUCCGCGCGUCGGCGGCUCCCCCUCGGCGGCGUCCAGCGACGGAGGGGCAGUCCCAGGCUCGGCGGCGGCGUCGGCGGCUCACCCCACCUUCUGUCGCCAGUCGCCUCGCGCCCUCGCCUGCGUCCUCCGCGCACCGGCCGACGACCCUGCGUACGCACCUCCCUCUCCCCUCCCGCCUCUGCUGUUCCCGUGGGAGCCCGGCCAGCUGCCCAGGGUGGCCGGGCCUUGGCUCCGCCGGUGGUGACUAUGCAGCCGAAACAUCUGUGGAGUCUACUCUUCAGAAUCUUGCCUAAGCUGCUCGGUCUUCCUGCCAGUUUGCUGAAGAAAUUCCGAAAGGAAGGGCUGGUGGAAUUGGAUAUUGCAAUGGGUACAUUGCCAGAGCUGCCACAUGAUGUGUUGAUGAACAUCUUUUGUACGCUUGAGGUCCCUGACCUUGUACGAGCAGGCUCGGUCUGCUCGUCCUGGCAUGCUGCCUACACAUGCCUGCGCGACCUGGGGAAAUACAAGCAGUCCCAGACACCGUGCCUGUUCUACACUUCUGAAUCUGCCGGUGACAAUGUUGGGUUUCUGUACAGCCUCAAGGAAAAUAGGUCCUACAAGUUAACUCUACCCGAGCCACCCAUCCGCAGUAGGUUCCUGAUCGGGUCCUCCAAUGGCUGGCUGAUUACUGCAGAUGAGAGGUCUGAGCUGCACCUUGUCAAUCCCUUAACUGGUGAACAGGUUGCACUUCCCUCAGUGAUGACCAUCGAGCAUGUGAAGCCCAUCUUUGAUGUAUCGGGUGCUAUCCAUAAGUACGAGUUGUCAUAUGACAUCUGGGAGGUCUCAUUGCCACCCUCACUACAUGAUCCUAGCGAUCUGCGCGAGUGCCUCUACUUCAAGGCAUUUGUGUUUCCUGAUCCAUCCACUGGAAGCUACAUCGUGGUUCUCAUUCAUAAUCCAAAUUUACAGAUUUCGUUUGCACGACCAGGAGAUGACAAGUGGACCUGGGUGGGACAAGGUCACUUCUAUAAAGAUUGCAUAUAUAUGGAUGGUCUUUUAUAUGCACUGAAUUAUUUUGGAGAAAUUGAUGCAUUUGAUCUUACUGCGUUUCCUGUUAAAAUGACAGUAAUUAUGGACGAGAUGACGUAUCCUAUAUGUGAAAGCAUGUACAUUAUUCAGGCUCCAUGGGGUGACCUGCUGCAGGUUUCGAGGACUGUUGAGGUACUACCGAAUGCUCCAUGGUAUGUCCCUGGAAGUGGAAACUACCGGGCACGAACCUUAAAAACAAAAGUAUGUAAGGUGGACUUGGAAGCAAAACAGCUAAUGGAAAUAAACAGGUUGCCAUGCCAUAUUUUAUUUCUUGGACACAACAAUUCACUUUGCCUUAGUGCUGAAGGACACCCAGGACUGAAGUCAAAUCAUGCAUACUUCACCGAUGAUCUUAAAGAAUUGACUGUUGAAUACAAAAAUAGCACUCGUGAUAUGGGAGUUAUGGACUUGGAAAAUAGUGUCAAGAAGGACAUUGUGUCUCAAAUUUGGUCCAACUGGCCUUGUCCUACUUGGAUAACACCCAAUCUUAUGAAGCUGAAUUUGGCAUUCAGUAAAUAGGCUUACUUUUUAAUUUGUUUCAUUGAAUUUUUAUACCUUUGUUUUGUUAUUUUUUAUGGAAACGAUGUAAGUCAGACAUCAGAAAAGUAGAUGGGGAUUCUGGCUGCUCUAUGUGGUGUACACCCCUGUUAGAACCAUCCAUCAGUCUGUUUUUUUUUCAUGUGAGGCAUCAUGAAGCUGUUACACCCUAGGCCUCUGAUUUGCAAAGAAAACAGCCUAGCAGUGCUCGAUUGGAUAGCCACCUGCUAUAUGCCUAUUGGAUAAAUCAUAAGAUUAGAGUUGCAAUCAAUAUCAUAGUUCAUAACCUUGUUAGUGUUGCAGCAGAAUCUGUUGUAAGUGUACUGCUAUUCUGUGUCGAUGUUAGUUUGCAUAUUUUCUCCAUGGCUUCAGGGUUGAGGUAUUGAA